UAAUAAAUCCAAUCCUUUUUUAGGGUUUUGCUAGCGAUCUCUCUGGUUACUGUUAGGGCUUUCCUCAAUCGGAAUAAAAACCCUCUUCUUUUCCGGCGGAGGGAGAUUUGGCUCUGGAAGACUUUUAAAAUGAAAUAGAACCCGGCGGGGGGAGAGAGAGAGAGAGACAUUUAUAAAGCUUAUCUCCUCCUCGAAUUAGGAGUUUCUGAUUCUGUUUUGCUUUUUUUUUUUUCUUCUAAUUCUUCUCUCCAUGACAAAACGGGUAUUCGAAGCCUGGAAAGGAAGCAAUAAAUUCAUCCUUGGUGGGAGAUUGAUAUUUGGACCAGAUGCUAGGUCACUGCCUGCUACCUUGCUGCUGAUCAUUGUUCCAGUUGCUUUGUUCUGUGUAUUUGUGGCAAGACAUCUUCGCCAUGAGUUUUCUUCCUACAAUGCAGGUUAUGCUAUCUUGGUGGUAGCAAUUCUCUUCACUAUUUAUGUAUUGAUCCUCCUCUCCUUCACAUCUGCACGAGAUCCUGGUAUAGUUCCACGAAAUUUGCACCCACCAGAGGAAGAACUACGCUAUGAGACAACAAUAUCAGCUGAUGGAAGACAAACACCAAGUGUUCAAAUUCCUAGGACCAAAGAAGUCAUGGUUAAUGGUGUUUCUGUUAGAGUGAAAUACUGUGAUACAUGUAUGCUUUACAGGCCUCCUCGUUGUUCUCAUUGUUCCAUCUGCAACAACUGUGUUGAGCGCUUUGAUCAUCAUUGCCCGUGGGUGGGCCAAUGUAUUGGACAGAGAAACUAUAGGUAUUUCUUUAUGUUUGUUUCUUCGUCAACACUUCUCUGCAUCUAUGUGUUCUCGAUGUCGGCUUUCUACAUCAAGAUUCUGAUGGAUAAUCAACACGGAACUGUGUGGAGGGCAAUGAAGGCUUCACCUUGGUCAGUUGCUCUGAUGAUAUAUUGCUUUAUUGCCCUGUGGUUUGUUGGAGGGCUCACAGCGUUUCACUUGUACCUCAUAAGUACAAACAUGACAACCUAUGAGAGUUUCAAGUACAGAUCAAACAGCAGAAGCAUUGUCUAUAACCGUGGCUGUGCAAACAAUUUCUUGGAGGUAUUUUGCUCGAAGGUGAAACCCUCGAGGAACAACUUUAGAGCCUUCAUAGAAGAAGAACCCCCAAGAGUUGUAACUCUGCCUAACACAACCAGGGAAUCAGCUGAAGCAGAUGAGGAUAAUGGGACCCGACGACAGAAAGUGGAAGACGAUCUAGACAUUGGGGACGAUCUUAUGAAUCUCUCACAGCGUUGUAAUGCAGAAGAGGCCACCAACGAUCAGCCUCAUCACACUUUGGACAUAGACCAUGAGAGAGCAGGCUCGAUAAGGACAGAAACAAGGCAUGGAAGCUGGGGAAGAAGAAGUGGGAGCUGGGAUAUAUCAACAUCAGAUGUGAGGGAAAGCCGAAGCUUCACAACAGCAAAAGAAGGAAGAGGAUGAGGUUAUCUUACUUUGUUUUGAUUGUUUCAAAGACUUAGGGGAGGGGGUCUCUAUUAGGACAGAAGUUGGUAGAUGUGAUUUGGUAUUGGGGAUUUGCGAAUCAGUUCAUGUAAUCUUGAGUAUAUACAAUACCAAGAGUAGUAGCUCUGUCUUCUUUUCGUUUUCUUAAUGUGUAUUGUGCUAUUUUGUUGAUAUUAUGUGAAUAUUCCAUUCUGUA